CAUGGCAACAGCUUCUUGUGUCGCUCAUCCCAAGAUGGCGGACGAGGAGAUCUCCACGGCGCUCCCAGUUGCCACUGAAGCCAAGAAACGUCGGGCACCUAAAGCUCCAGAGCUUCCCAUUGUGGAGAGGAGAAACUGGCUCAUCCACCAGCACUAUAUCCGGAAGGACUAUGAUUCCUGCAAGGCAAUCAUCAAGGAACAACUGCAGGAGACUAAUGGAAUGUGUGAAUAUGCCAUAUAUGUUCAAGCACUAAUCAUGCGUCUUGAGGGCAAGAUCCAACAGUCCCUGGAGCUGUUUCAGAGCUGUGCCAUCCUGAAUCCCAGCAGCGCUGACAAUCUCAAGCAAGUGGCCAGAUCACUAUUUCUCCUGGGAAAGCACAAAGCAACUAUUGAGUUCUAUCAUGAAGCUGCAAGGCUCAACGAGAAAGACUGGGAGAUCAGUCAUAAUCUGGGGUUGUGCUAUUUCUUCAUCAAAGACUUCAAACAUGCUGAAGAGCAUCUAAACAUAGCCCUCCGGAUUAAUAAACACGACAAGACGUUCAUGAUGCUCGGGAAGGUUCAUCUGCAGGCUGGAGAAACUGACAAGGCCAUCGAAGUGUAUAAGACGGCCGUGGAAUAUUCUCCAGAGAAUACUGAGCUCUUGAGUACUCUUGGCCUGCUGUUUCUACAGCUUGGGAAAUACCAAAAAGCUUUUGAGCACCUUGGAAAUGCCCUCACUUUUGACCCCAACAAUUAUAAGGCCAUCCUGGCUGCAGGCAGCAUGAUGCAGACUCACGGUGACUUUGAUGUGGCCAUGAACAAGUACCGAGUGGCAGCCUGCGCCGUUCCCGAGAGCCCCCCUCUUUGGAACAACAUCGGCAUGUGCUUCUUUGGAAAAAAGAAAUACGUAGCCGCCAUCAGCUGCCUGAAGCGAGCCCACUACAUGUCUCCUUUUGACUGGAAGGUGUUGUACAACCUGGGUCUGGUUCACCUGACCAUGCAGCAGUACGCCUCUGCCUUCCACUUCCUCAGCGCAGCCAUCAACCUGCACCCACGGAUGGGGGAGCUCUACAUGUUACUGGCAGUGGCUCUGACCAACCUAGAUGAUGUAGAGAAUGCCACCAGAGCGUAUGAACAAGCUGUGACAAUUGACCAGUCCAACCCUCUGGUCAACCUGAACUUUGCCAUCUUCCUCUAUAAUCAUGGUGAUAAGAAGGCAACUCUGGAUCAGUAUCAGGAGAUGGAGAGGAAGGUCAACAUACUUCGAGACAGCAAUAGCAACUUUGACUUUGAUCCUGAGCUAAUGGACAUGGCUCAGAAGAUGGGAGCUGCCCUACAGGUGACAGAGGGUCUGGUGUGGACUAAACCGGGCAAAGACUCCAAAUCCAAACCAAACUCUGCAGCAGCCACCAAAGCCCCUGGUGCUCCCCUCGGUACUAACCAAGCUCUGGGCCAAGCCAUGUCUUCUGCAGCGAGCUACAACAAGAACCUCCAGCUACAAACAGGCCCCUCCAUGCCCCUCGAGCCUGAACCGGAUGUGGAGAAAGCCCCCAGCCAGCCCACUGAUCCUCCGGGCUCCCCAGAACCUGCAGAGUCAGAAAACCCCAAACCCAGAACCUCCAAGAGGAAAUCUAAGGUGGAGGAAUGAGUUAGCUAGGUAGCUACUAUCUGACUGGACGUCUUUGUCAUGUGGUCACUGUUAUGGUUACGGAGGCGAAUUAGGGUAGUUUGACAUGAAACCAUUCUGGUUUAGGUUCCUGCUGCACAGAGAACUCAUGUCCGAAACAAUAAUGUACUUUACACCAAAAAUUUCAAUAGCAAUGUGCACUUUGGAUAUACAGGAAUAUCGAAUGUCAAAAAACCAACACACUUUUUUAACCAAAAGUCAGAGAUAAUGAAGUGUGUCUCAUAAUCAAAGUAGAUUUGGCAGGUUUUGUGCACAUGUCAAAACAAAUUCUAAUUGGAUGUUGCAGUUUAAGGACUUCUCUAUUCGACAAAAUGCUAAUUUGGGCAUUUGUGCAGUUACAAGUGUUAAUAUUUGGAUGAGCUUAGCAAUAAGGUCAAGUGAUGGAUUUUCCCUAAAAUUGACAUUUCCAGAGAGGGCCUGAGUCCUGAAAUAUAUGAAUGCUGCGACAAUCACUGCUAAAAUCCGAGGACAUAAAGGGAUGUUUAUGAAUAGUUACAGGAUAUUGCUUGUUUGUAUGAUAGGGCUAAUUUUGAGGGUUGAGUGUAAAUAGCGAUACAUGCUUUUAUAUGUGGAUAAAUGUUAUGUUUAU